AUGGACGAGCAAGAGUUUCGCAGCCUCCUUCAGCUCUUCCCCGUCGUACGCUCUCGCGACCACCGUGCUGAUUUAGAUUCUUCAAAGGAAUCAACUUCACAGUCAGUUGUGGAGCGAGAGGAAAGUGAAUGGCACGAUGCACCGAGUGUUGUUGAGCCGAAAGACUUGAAAGAUUUGAAGACUGAUGAUGAUCAAGAUUCAUUCUGGGAUAAGCUUAAGAAGGCUGCUGCGAAUAAGGUUGGCGAGGUUGAAGCAGAGAGGUUUUGCAAGGCUUUUGAGAAACUCCACAAGAAACUUGUGUACGAAGAGUUGGAUCCAGAAGCUGCAAAGCGAUACUUAUUAAACUCUUAA